CCCAACCAGCUACAUAGCGAUCAAUUAAGCAAUACACAUUUGUGGUUAAUCAAGUUGUAAGAAAAAUUUCGUUAUGCGCCAAAUUAAAUAAUAUAUCUAUUUUAGUAAUAAGGAAGAUAGUGAUAAAAAUUCUGUAUUCCAGAAAUGGCCGUUUCAGGACGUAAACAAGUAGACAUGCUAGGAUCAGUAGCAGCAGGAUCAGCAGAAGACUUUGAUCACUGCUGUGAGCCAUGUCUUACCACAGGUCAACGUAUAGAAGCUUACGGAUUUUGCGUCACUUGUCAAGAAUACCUUUGUAAAACUUGCCACGAUUGUCACAGAAAAGCAAAAGUCUUACGAAAUCAUCAAAUGCUGCAGCGUAAUGAUUUUGAUAAGAUCCAAACUACACAGAAAUCAAACAAUGAAUGCACUGAAAUGUGUCAAGUUCACAAAAAAGAAAUAAUCAAAUUUUAUUGUCCAUCACACCAUGCACUAGGAUGCAAUGAUUGCAUAACUUUAGGACAUAGAACAUGUAAAGUUGAUUACAUACCUGAAAAAUGCGAAGGUGUCGCAGAUGGGAAGGAGUUCGAUGACGUCAUGCAGAAACUCGGCGAAAAAAUGAAAGAAGCAUCAGAAAUUUUGAAGAAGGCUAAAGGCAGUAGAAGCAACAUAAAUGAUUACAAUAAAGAAAUCAUCAAGGCGAUCACUGAAUUCCGGAAAGAAAUAAACGACCGUCUUGAUCUGAUGCAAAAAGAUGUUUUAAAUAAUGCCGAAGAAAUAAAGACCAACGACAACAAAAUUAUUCAGCAUGUCCUUGAUAAAUGUGAAAAUACGAUUUCCAGUAUUAAAUGCUUGCAAUCAAGUCUACAUGCAAGCAAAUCAAAUCACCAAGACGGUCAACUGUACAUUGACAUGAAGCGGGCAGAAUCUACACUUAAAUCAUAUGAAUUGAAUGACGCAGAACAAACGUUAAGGCAUACCAAUAUGCACUACUCAUUUCAAAGAAAUUCUGAACUGGAAACAUUGUUCUGUAAGAAAAUGGUCUUCGGUGAGAUUGUCGAUUAUUCUCGUCAUGAAUCUAAAAAAGUGACAAAAGCUGUUGAUCGUCUGAUUGGGAAAGGAGAUAUCAAUGUUAAAACGUCAUCAGAUAAGGAGGAUUGUGAUAUUACAGGAUGUGCAGUUCUUAACAGAAAUAAAUUAGUUCUAGCUGAUUUCAACAACAAUAAGGUAAAAUUGAUAUAUAUAGAGAACAGACUUGUAGAAGAGAAAACUCUAGACUCAGCGCCAUGGGAUAUUGUUGCAAUGUCUCAGGAAGAGUUCGCUGUAACAAUGCCGGGAAACAACGAAAUAUUGGUGAUGACAACAGACGACAAGCUAUCAUGUAUACGCAGUAUUAAAGUAGAUAGGUCAUGCUAUGGUGUAGACUUUAAUCAGGAUUGUCUUUAUGUUUCUUGUUUGUCUCCUCCUAGUGUGAUUGUACUGAAUACACAAGGUGAUAUACUGAAUAACAUCCCUUUGAACUUUCUUUCACCUGACUAUAUACCGUUUAUUGCUGUGAGAAAGAACUCCAAACUUCUGUAUAUCAGUGACCGUGGUAACGACAAUAUAGUGAGCGUAUCAUUACAAGGGGAAGUUACAGCUACAUAUAAGCAUACAGAUCUUAGUGGACCACAAGGAAUGUUGAUGUUAGAUGAUGGGUCAUUACUUGUCUGCUGUUUUGAUAAUGAAACAAUUUAUAAAGUAAACGGAGACUUGAAGCAGGGGGAGAUAAUGUAUAAAGGUGAAAAAAAUCUGGAUCUGCUUUCAAUAUGCUACAAUUCACGCUAUGAUGAGGUUUAUGUUGGUUGCAAUAGAGACCAGUUGAAAGUUUUAAACACGCAAUGAACACUGCAUUCAUUUUUCAUUGAUUUGAAAACGGAAGAGUGCAUAAAAUUAUGUGGUAACUGUUCUUUAUUAUAGAAAAGGUACAAUUAUAAAAGAACUUACAUGACUUUAAGACAUUUAUUCCAUUAUUACAUUUAAACUUGUAAAUUAUGAAUCAUAUCUUGAACAAACUUAUUUCAAAUUGACUUCAAUGCACUGUUAUAUAAAUGAUUUUAAUGUUAUAUAAAUAAUUUUGAUCAAAUUAAACUCAUGAGUUUUAAAAAUAUCUAUUGCAAACGAUUAUACUCGAGAAAAUUGUUGGCUCUACAAAAUGAUAAUAUUUUAUAUUAGAAAAGUUAUAUUCCCUCGCUAAAUGGAUUGUAUAUAAUACGGAUGAAAGCUUUUAUAACAAAGACUGCUAUGUGAGGUAAGGUUAUAUUAAAUGUCUUAAACAUGACCAUAUAUCUUGUCAUAUAUCUUGAAUAUAUUUUGAAGAUACAGCACAAUUCAUUUAUUAAAGAAAACUGAAAAUUGUUUACAUAUUAACAGUAGUAUAGAUAAAAUAAACGUUAUGAUUACACGUGCGUAGUACUAUGUAAAUAAUAUUUUAUAUUGCUGCAAGCAUCACCGAUUAGCUUUCUUUACAGACAUAUUUCACGAAAGAAAUAACGUUAAAAGAACAAAAUCAAAGUUGUUAAGUGUAAGUAUCAUAUGUCGUGAACCAAAGGUAUUAUUUUUUGUAUAGUGUGAUACAAUACAAUAGUGCUUAUAUUUAUAUAAAAGAUAUGUAUACAUGUAUAUAUGACUGAAAUAGGUAUAUUAUUGUCUGAAUGCUUUUAAAAUACCACUUUAGGUAGCUGUUUCCCAAUAUACGUAUGAGCUGAAGAAAAUAAAAUAUGUAAAAAUUGUGAUUUUUUUAAACGGAAUUGAUG